AGGUAAGUAUAGAAAAAUGCCGAUAUUACUCCAACCAAUCUUUCGGCCGGGUAGCUCGCCCCUCCGCCGGUUGUCUCCGGUGCCUUGGUCCGCAGGCGCUGCUGGUUCUGCUGUAACCGGGAAGCUCCUACCCUCAUCACCUCCGUUCGCUUUGGCUUCCUCCUAUAUGAGGGAAAAAGAUUCACCAUUGUGCCAAACAUGGUUCACUGCUUAAGUUCAUUUCUGUUAGGAUGAUGGCAGCAAGGAAAAUCAUAAGAAAAUGCAUCUUAAGCAUUUGUCCAUUUAUUUCAUCCAGAAUUACCUUGCCAGGAAGCUUGAUCUUGACCAUAAGCUGAGGUGGGUAUCAUGUGCCACGGCCAAUUGGAGUUUGUCUACGUAAGGUUGACUUUCUGGCUCAAUGAAUCUUUAAAGAUGGAUCCUCAAGAUUCCAAGGGAAAAAGAUUCACCAUUGUGCUAAACAUGGUUCAUUGCUUAAGUUCAUUUCUGUUUGGAUGAUGGAAGCAAGGAAAAUCAUAAGAAAAUGCAUCUUAAGCAUAUGUCUGUUUAUUUCAUCCAGAAUUACCUUGCCAGGAAGCUUGAUCUUGACCAUAAGCUGAGGUGGGUAUCAUGUGCCACGGCCAAUUCGAGUUUGUCGACGUAAGGUUGACUUUCUGGCUCAAUGAAUCUUUAAAGAUGGAUCCUCAAGAUUCCAAGUAAUGAAGAGGAGCCGAACCGCUUCAGCUGUGGGUGCUUCCUUUCACAGCUCCGAACCUCACGGACGCCAGCGGAAGGCCGCCACCACCUCCUCCUCCGCCGACGACGCCGCCACCACCACCUAACUCUAGGGUUCCUUCUUCUCGCCUCCAAGUCGGGACUUCUCAUAUUCCACUGAUGCCCUAAAGAUGGGACUUUUAGGGUUAAUUUAGAGAUGGAGGAGGUGGAGAAAGCAAGCAGAGCUGCAGUGGAGAGUUGCCACAGAGUCUUGAGCCUCCUCUCCCGGCCUCAAGAUCAAGCCCAAUCUGGAAAUUUGUUGUCUGAGACAGGAGAUGCUAUUGCAGGUUUCAGAAAGGUGAUCUCUUUGCUGGGCAAAAGUUCUGGCCAUGGAAGAAUUAGGGUUGGCAACAAAGUUGCAUCCACCUCCAAUCAUAAGCUCUUAUUGGACCAUCAAUUGUUGCCCAAGAUGGAUCACACUUCCAACCCACCACAACUCCAAAGAGAAAUUUUAGAGGCGAAAAUACAAGUUUUGGAUUCGAGUGCUAGGAACCCAUUCCGAGCAUCUCAAAGAAGCUUCCUUGAGAACCAACUCAAUCAACAAGCUUUGUCUCCGAGCGAACACCAAUUUCUUCAGCACCAACCGCAGCAUGAUCCAAGGUUUCGAUUUCCCCAGAAGAUGAAUCAUCAGGCAGACAUGUUUCAGAGGAGUAAUUGCAUCAUUAACUUCAAAUUUGAGGGUUCGAGUCACAUGCCGUCUACCUCAACCACUAGAUCCUUCUUGUCGUCGCUGAGCAUGAAUGGCAGUGCGGCGAGCAUGGAUGGAAAAUCAUUCCAUCUAAUUGGUGGACCAGUAUCAUCUGAUCUAAUGAACCUACACCAUCCUCCUAAGCGGAGGUGUGUGUGUAUAGGGGAAGAUGGAAAUGGCAAAUGUGCCACGACUGGUCGGUGUCAUUGCUCGAAGAGAAGGAAGCUAAGAAUUAAGAGGUCCAUUAAGGUGCCUGCUAUCAGUAAUAAGCAUGCUAGCAUCCCUUCCGAUGAGUAUUCUUGGAGGAAGUAUGGGCAAAAGCCAAUAAAGGGUUCCCCUUAUCCUAGGGGAUACUAUAAAUGCAGCAACAUGAGGGGCUGCCCUGCAAGGAAACAUGUUGAAAGGUGUGUGGAAGACCCUUCGAUGCUCAUUGUUACCUACGAAGGCGAGCACAACCACACCCGAUUGCUAACUCAGCCUGCCCAGAUGUAACAACUUUAAAAGAGAUUUCUUCAUCAGUAAUGCUGCCCCUGGCAAAGAUCUUGCAUGCCACCUUCCUUUUUGGGGUCACAACACCACAUGCCAAGGGUCGGGACACGAGCUGCACCAAAUUCCAGCAUCUUCUUCCUCGAGUGAGUGCUAAUGUAUUAAAAUGUUAUUGAAACAGUGAUCCAGAAAUGGGAAGUAGAAUCAAUGUCACAAAAGCAGAACUUUGUGAAGUUGAGAAUGGAGAAUGAGUCAGGCAGUGGAGUUUUGUGGUUC